GGUGUGGCUGUGGUUCCGUCUCACAACAGCAGUCGUUAGUGUCCUGUUAACUUCUGUUCGCUUUUGUUAGCGGUGUCAGUUCACCUUUAACAUCCGGAGUUAUCUGUGUAAGUCUGAGUCCGAGUCUGGUCCCACUGAAAUGAAUCGGCUCGCCGUCCGGGACCUGCUAACUGUUAGCCUCGUCUUCGGGUCCUGCUAACGGUGCUAACCGUGCUAGCACCUAGCUGUCCCGUGUUUGUUUGUGGUGAUGAAAACACCGAGGACGAAACGUUAGUAUGGACGCACACCUGCGGAGUCAGUAACAGUUUCAGGUCCCCAAGAACUUCAGUCCACCUUCAGCCCUGUCAGAGUGAGUCCACUGUGGUGUCUGAUCUGAGGUCAGAGUUUGACCUUGAGUCCGAGGAUCCCGACAGCAGCCAUGCUGACCUAGAAUCAGCCCUGAGCUGUGAGUUGUGCGCUGUGAACAAGAGUAAUCCAGAUCCAGAGAUCAUGUCUGAGAACCAGGCCAACAACAACGUCCCCGUGAACAACAACAACAACAUGGGACCCAACAGGAUCCGAAACCCUAACAUGAACCAGAACCCGCUCAUCAACGUCCGAGACCGCCUCUUCCAUGCGCUCUUCUUCAAAAUGGCCGUCACGUAUGCCCGACUCUUCCCUCCGUCCUUCAGGAGAGUCUUCGAGUUCUUUGUCCUGCUCAAGGCGCUCUUCGUCCUCUUCAUCCUCGCCUACAUCCACAUCGCCUUCUCUCGCUCUCCCAUUAACUGCCUGGAGGUGGUGAGAGAGCGCUGGCCUCGCGAUGGCAUCCUGCGGGUGGAGAUCCAGAGGAACUCCAGCCGAGCCCCCGUCCUCAUGCAUUACUACGACUCCGUGGACCUCCAGGAGGAGCUAGAGGCCGAGGAGGGAGGAGGAGCAAGGGUGGGGCUCAGUCUGGCAGCGCUGCAGGAGGAAGAGGAGGAGGAAGAGGAGAUGACUCUGGAGAUGUUUGACAACAGUUCGGUGCAGUUUGAGCUGGACAUGGAGCCUCGUCUGAAACCCUCUCUGGUCGGAGGAGGAGCAGGAGGAGUGGCGGGAGGAGGAGGAGUGAACGACAGCCAGGACGUCUCCUUCAGCCAGACCACUAAAGGUAUGCAGCCACUGAAGGGCUCUGAGCUGGAGAUGAUGACCACAGCAGCGUGGCCUCAGGAGGAGUACAUUGUGGAGUACUCGCUGGAGUACGGCUUCCUGCGGCUGUCUCAGAGCACCAGGCAGAGACUCAACAUCCCCGUCAUGGUCGUCACUCUAGAUCCCAUGAAGGACGAGUGCUUUGGCGACGGAUUCAGUCGUUUCCUGCUUGACGAGUUUUUGGGCUACGAUGACAUCCUGAUGUCCAGCGUGAAGGCGCUCGCUGAGAACGAGGAGAAUAAAGGGUUCCUGAGAAACGUGGUAUCUGGAGAACAUUACCGCUUCGUCAGCAUGUGGAUGGCCAGAACCUCCUACCUGGCCGCCUUUGUCAUCAUGGUCAUAUUUACUCUGUCCGUGUCCAUGCUGCUCAGAUACUCCCAUCACCAGAUCUUCGUCUUCAUUGUGGAUCUGCUUCAGAUGCUGGAGAUGAACAUGACCAUCGCUUUCCCUGCAGCCCCUCUGCUCACCGUCAUCCUGGCCCUCGUAGGCAUGGAGGCCAUAAUGUCGGAGUUCUUCAACGACACGACCACGGCCUUCUACAUCAUCCUCAUCGUGUGGCUGGCCGAUCAGUACGACGCCAUCUGCUGCCACACCAACACCAGCAAGCGACACUGGCUGAGAUUCUUCUACCUGUACCACUUCGCCUUCUACGCCUACCACUACCGCUUCAACGGCCAGUACAGCAGCCUGGCCCUGGUCACGUCCUGGCUCUUCAUUCAGCACUCCAUGAUCUACUUCUUCCACCACUACGAGCUUCCUGCCAUCCUGCAGCAGAUCAGGAUCCAGGAGAUGCUGCUGCAGAACCAGCAGGCAGGUCAGGCCAACCAGACGGCGCUGCAGGACAACCUCAACAAUAACAAUGGUGGUGGUGGUGCCGCCGCCGCUGCUGCUGCUGCCACCGCUGCUGCUGCCGCCGCCACCACAGGACCAGGACCUGCCAGCACCACCCAGCCUCAGACCAACCCUCAGCCCUCCUCCUCUUCCUCUCCCACGGCAGCAGCAGGAGGUGGGGGGGAGGUGAGGUCUGAGCUGAACUGGGUCGCUCAGACAGCCGCCAUCAUUACUGAGGCUUUGUCUUCCUCGACCCAGCACCCCUCCGUCGACUCCGCUGACCCCCUCCCUGUCAGCGGAGGAGGCUCAGCUGGAGGUCAGGGGUCAGCAGGAGAGAUCAGCGUGGUAGCUGAGUUCUGGAUGGGAGGAGGCGGAGGAGGUGGAGGAGAAGAUCCAAAUGUCAUUUCAGUGGAAAUUAAAACCACAGCAGGAGGAGCCGAUCCUGUGCCAGGCCACCCAAUCAGAGGACUGCAGGCGGAGGCGGGGCCCUCUGCUGCAGAGGCCCCACAGACAGACCCCCCCCCCCCACAGAGUCCAGAUACAGACUGGGACUGCAGACCAGCCCAUCAGCACCAGACCUCCUCACAGAGCCCGUCCUGAGAGUCCAGGUGUAGUCCUGCUGACAUCAUCUCACCUGUUUGACACCGUGCCUCAGUCUGUCAGCUGAUCAGGGUGAUUGAUUAGUGAUUAAUUAGUGAUCAGCUGAGCAGGGAGGGGUUUUCCUAUCGAUCCACAUCUGGCCUCAGAUCAGGACCCAGCCCUCCGGCUGCAGCCUGAUCCACUCAAACGUUUUUAUUUUUCAAUUUCAACAAAUAUCUGAUGAAUUAAUAAGCUCAGCGUUUCCCAACGUGAGGGUCGGGACCCAGCAAGAGGUCACGAGGUUCGAGAUGACAAACUAAACGGGAAACGUUUCUGCCGCACACACAGUGAGUUCUAGUUUUUAUUGGUGAAUUAUUGAACAGCUUCACAUCUUAGGCCGAUGAGAAGUUUUCCGAUUAAACGGUCAGCUGAGGAGAAACUGGUUCUGGAGUCGGAGUCCAGUUCAGAGAAGUUGUGCUGUGACAGGAAACAGACGAGUCCUCACAACAAAAAAUGACAAGGAAAUUAUAAAAUUAUCAGAAUAGUUUCUGAUUUUGUUGAUCAACUAAUUGAUCGAUCACCUGAUUGUUACAGACGAACGAUUAUUUUCAUCAUCACUUCAUUUUAUUUUUACCUGAUGAGUCAGUAAAAGGUUCAUCUCAGCUUCUCUCAGUCCAGUGUGAGAAAAAUUAAUUCUUUUAAAUAAUUAAUAUACUGCUUAAAUUCAUAAAUAAAUGUAAUUUUCUGUCGAUCAGCUAAUUAAUUAAUCGGCCAGUUGCUUCAGCUGCAGGUGAAGCAACUUUAUUUAGGCAUGCAAGCACAAUAUAGACUCAAAUAAUCCGUCUCUUCAGAGUGGACUCUGGGGACCAAGACAGUGGACUGUGGUGGUUUGUUGGUUUGUCUCCUCACCAUGUUUCACCUGAGCAACCAACACUGUCCCCCGCUGCCACAAACACCAAAGGUGGAUUCAUCCUCCGCUGAAAAUAGUCCCUGCCAAAUUUUUCCUCCUUUUUGUUUGAUAAAACCUGCAGUGACCCGCUGAGCUUUAGGAAAUUACAGGUCAUUUAAAAAAAAUCAAGCUAAAUAUUUGUGAGGUGUUUUUAAGAUUUCCGUCUCACAGGAAGUGAUGAGAGAUUAACGAACAGCUGAUCAGUGUAAAAUGAAUUGUGAAGGUCGUUUUUCAGGCCGAACUUUUGACGGUUCAUGUUCUGAAACGUCAAAAUAAGCUUCACUUCCUUCUCUUGUGAGCGCAGCCUGAAUACUUCUGGAUCUUUGACUGUUGCUUGGACAAAAUAUUUUUCAUUACUCCUUUUUUUAACUAAACUAUUGAUCAGUGAUGAAAACAAUCAAUGGUCACGGCUCUAAAAUAUAGGAAAACACCAGACUUACUUUCAAAUUGACACACUACAGUUCCUGUGUAGACAUUAUGGACACUGGUUUACCUGCAUGUGGUCCAGCUUCCAGUCCAGUAUCAGGAGGAACCAGUGUGAUCAGAGCUGAGAGCCUGAGACAGAGGAGGGACGUGAUCCUGUACUGAGAGAUUAUUGGUUAAUAAGAAAAAUAUUGAUGAAUAUCAGACUGAAACUUUAACAUCAGCCGAGCGUCACUUCAAACACAGAAACUGGUUUGAAACACGUCAAAGGAAAAUCAGGAAAUGAAUGAGCUUCACUCAUUCUGCAGAAAAAGACAGGAACUCUUUCUUUUUUGACCUUGUUGAUUAGUUAUUGCUCAGUGACUCUGUGCUGAUCAGCCCUGAUUCUGACAGAUUGAAGCACAAACUGAACUGUGUUGAUUUUUUUUGUUUCCACCUGCUUUUAUUUGGAAGAAAAAGACUUUUAGAACAGGAAGUGCUUUGUUUUGGAGCGUCUUCGUGGAUCAGGACAUCCUGUCAGAACGAAUGCCUUAUCAAUAACCUUCAGACUGUUUGUGGACAAUUCAGAGACAUCAACAGUGGAUCAAAGUGAUUGGUUGUGAAAUACAAUGCCAGCUGUGUCACACUUCAGGCCCCGCCUCCUGGUAGGGGGCAUGACUUGUGUCCCCAGAACACAUCAGAGUGACUGAGUCCCCUGAACGCAGCACAGGGACAGGUCAUGCUUUCCAUCAUGUAUGUCAUCGUCCCUGCUGCUCCCCUGCUGUCUCUGCUGAACCAUCCUGUAAUUUGACCUUUCAGACAUUGUCUUUGUGUGAUAUCGUUCAGUAAAUACAAAACCUAUGAAAUAAUGAGUAGACAUCCAGCACAGGUCCAUGAUGUUAAAGGUCACUGAACAGUUAACGUGAAAUUAACUGGAAUUAACUGGAAAACCGAAACAUUACAUUAAUGUUAUGAACAGUCUCUGACCUGACGGCAAAUCUGCCGGUUUCAAAUUGAAUGGAAAACCAGUACGGCAGCGACAGCAUCGACCGGUUGGUGAAGUUGCAUCAGGACGCGGAUUUUAAAAGCCUUCGUUUAAAAAUGAAGGUUUGAAACCCGACUGUAUUUUUGAUUGACAGCCUGCUGUCAGAGAUCUAAACAGAUGUGAUUUUCAGAAUACUGUGAAAUUAAUUGGGAUUAAUGUCGAAAAAUUAAACUACAACACAGAAUGUACAGGAUGGGAAGUCAGACUUUGUUAAUCAUGCGUCAGGGUUUCAAUCAGGUCUCCAGAUUAAACUCUGUUGAGUCACUGAAACGCUUCAUUAAGGAGGUGACCUACAGUGACCUGUGGAAGGAGGCGGAGCCUGGAGUGUGACACAGCAUUAGAGACAGAAGCUGAACCGAACUGAUGGACUCUGGGGUUUUCGGGGUGUUUUUUUUCUGGGAGUUUUUCUUCUUUGUGCCUCUGCUGGAUUGCUGUAGCCUCAUUAGUUGAUCUGAAGCCUGAAACUCAUCAAAGUGUAUUUAACUGUCCAGUGAAGUCAGUAAAACCAGUGCACAAUAACAAACUGUGUCAGUCUGUUGAAUAGUGAAAAGACCCCCAUUCGUUUUCAGAACAUUUGCAGUGUCACCGUGCAGAACCUGGAUCAUGGCAACAAAACCUGAGCUGAACCCAAAAGCAGCUAAAGUUUGUCACAUCCUGGUGUUCGACCCUAUGAUCAGCCCAGUGUCUACACCCAGUGAGCCAGUGAUGGUAUCGCCUAUCAGCCUGCCUGGUACAGUACAGUAUUGUUCAAAAUAAUAGCAGUACAGUGUGACUAACCAGAAUAAUCCAGGUUUUUAGUAUAUUUUUUAUUGCUACAUGGCAAACAAGUUACCAGUAGGUGCAGUAGAUUCUCAGAAAACAAACAGCACCCAGCAUUCAUGAUAUGCACGCUCCUAAGGCUGUGCAAUUGGGCAAUUAGUUGAAAGGGGCGUGUUCAAAAAAAUAGCAGUGUCUGCGUUUGACUGUACAAACUCAAAACUAUUUUGUACAAAUGUUUUUGUUUCUAGGAUUUGGCAAUCCUGUGAAUCACUAAACUAAUAUUUAGUUGUAUGACCACAGUUUUUUAUAAUGGCUUCACAUCUGUGUGGCAUGGAGUCAACCAACUUGUGGCACCUUUCAGCUGUUAUUCCACUCCAUGAUUCUUUAACAACAUUCCACAAUUCAUUUACAUUUCUUGGUUUUGCUUCAGAAACAGCAUUUUUAAUAUCACCCCACAAGUUCUCGAUUGGAUUAAGGUCUGGGGAUUGGGCUGGCCACUCCAUAACAUUCAUUUUGUUGGUUUGGAACCAAGACUUUGUUCGUUUACUAGUGUGUUUGGGGUCAUUGUCUUGUUGAAACAACCAUUUCAAGGGCAUGUCCUCUUCAAGUAUUUUGACAUAUGCAAACUGAUCCAUGAUCCCUGGUAUGCGAUAAAUAGGCCCAACACCAUAGUAGGAGAAACAUGCCCAUAUCAUGAUGCUUUCACCACCAUGCUUCACUGUCUUCACUGUGUACUGUGGCUUGAAUUCAGAGUUUGGGGGUCGUCUCACAAACUGUCUGUGGCCCUUGGACCCAAAAAGAACAAUUUUACUCUCAUCAGUCCACAAAAUGUUCCUCCAUUUUUCUUUGGCAAAUUGUAACCUCUUCUGCACAUGCCUUUUUUUUAACAGAGGGACUUUGCAGGGGAUUCUUGAAAAUAGAGUAGCUUCACACAGACGUCUUCUAACUGUCACAGUACUUACAGGUCACUCCAGACUGUCUUUGAUCAUCCUAGAGCUGAUCAUUGGCUGAGCCUUUGCCAUUCUGGUUAUUCUUCGAUCCAUUUUGAUGGUUGUCUUCCGUUUUCUUCCACUUCUCUCUGGUUUUGCCCUCCAUUUUAAGGCACUGGAGAUCAUUUUUGCUGAACAGCCUAUAAUUUGCACCUCUUCAUAGGUUUUCCACACUCCAAUCAACUUUUUAAUCAAAGUAUGCUGUUCUUCUGAACAAAGUCUUAAACGAUCCAUUUUCCUCAGGCUUUCAAAUGCAUGUUCAACAAGUGCUGGCUUCAUCCUUAAAUAGGGGCCACCUGUUCACACCUGUUUUUUCACAAAAUUGAUGACCUCACUUGUUGAAUGCCACACUGCUAUUUUUUUGAACACACCCCUUUCAACUAAUUGUCCAAUUGCACAGCCUUAAGAGCGUGCAUAUCAUGAAUGCUGGGUGCUGUUUUUUUUCUGAGAAUCUACUGCACCUACUGG